GAUAACUUGGGCAAUAUGGCCGUUGAAAAUCAAAAUGAUUCCUUGUUUCCAACUUCCCACAAUACUUACACCUCUCAGACCAUUUGCCCUUCCUAAUUUUGAGUUGAUAACCAGUUUGUACUCUAUUGUGCCAAAGCAUCCAUAAGAAAUCCUUGAUUUUUAGGGGAAUUUUAGUUUUCCACAAACUCUGACGGCGACGGGCAAGACGACUUCCGCUCGGGACCCCGCAUGAACAUAUUUCCCCUCCGAUUCGAAUUUGGCUGGCUGUUGUAUUGUACUAUAAUCGAUUUCCUUCGCCAUGCCCAAAGCUUAGCGUUUGUCUGUGUCCGGCCGGCCCAACAAUAUUCUUGCAUUCCAUUCCAUUAGCUGUAGGCUGUAGCCCUGUCCUGUGUUGAUCUUGACUUGAUCCCCAGGACUCACGAGUCGCGUCGGGGGAACCGAUGGAGUCGACGUCGCCGCCCGCCGGCUGCGAGAUCGCGCGUCUGCCAGAUGACCUCCUGUCAGCGACGCUCGCCCGGACCGCGCCGAGGGACGCCUGCCGCGCAGCCACGGUCUCGCCGGCCUUCCGCGCCGCGGCCGACGCCGACGUCGUCUGGUCCAGCUUCCUGCCGCUCGACCUGCCCCCGCUCGCCGACGGGGAGCUCCCCGCCGAUAUGCUGUCCAAGAAGCAGCUCUUCAUGCGACUCUCCGACCCCGGCAGCCCCGUACUCCUCGCCGAUGGCCUCACGAGCAUGUGGCUGGACAGGGCGACCGGCGCCAAGUGCUACAUGCUGUCCGCCAGGAAGCUCGGAAUUGCUUGGGGCGAUACGCCGCAGUACUGGCGCUGGAUCCCCAUCACCGUCUCCAGGUUCUCGGAAGCUGCUGAACUCCAGUAUGUCUGGUGGCUGGAAAUACGUGGCAACAUCGAUAGCAAGAUGCUCUCCCAACACACAACAUAUAGUGCUUACACCGUGUUCAGAGUAGCUGAUGGGCGCCGCGGGCUUCAUUUCCCAUGCCUGGAGACGUCUGUCAGCCUCGAAGGAAGCAGCAGCAGGUCGACGCGCCGCGUCUGUCUCGACAAUGGCCACGAUGGCGCAAAUACUUGGCCGUCUAUGCGCGGCGACAUUCCUCAAGAUGCGCUCUUUCCUCGAGAGAGAGGUGAUGGCUGGAUGGAGGUGGAGGUGGGUGAGUUCCGCAGCAGUGAAGGCGACGAUGGUGAGGUUUCCAUCAGGCUUAAGGAGACGUCAGUCGCGAAGAGUGGCCUUGUUGUCCUGGGCAUUGAGAUUAGACCUAAGGUCUAAGGAGCAAGUGGUUUGAUGAGAACCUUGAUUGUGUGAGUAAAUAAUGGAUUGAGAAAUUAAUAUUGUAAGUAUUUAUUACUAGAUGAAUUUCUCGCGCGUUGCCGUGAGUUUUGGA